UAUGAACAGAAAGCAAAGGGGGUAAAAUGGUAAAUGUGGCCCACCUCUUCCGGAACUCCCAUAGCAGAGAGAACUCAGAAAGUUCAACGACGUUGACGCCACACCAGAUUUGCAAAGGAGGAGGACCCUUUGGUCCAUUCCCACCACGUAGAGAGAGAGAGAGAGAGAGAGAGAGAGAGAGAGAGAGAGAGAGGGACGGAGGAGCGGAGGAGAGAGAGAGAGACAGGUGGCUUAACUCGAAAAGUUUGGAAGAUCUACCGGCUGUCAUUGAUUCAACUAUUCCAGAGUACGGAGACUCCGAAGAAGACAAAGCAAAAUGGCAGUAUAAUGUUUUCAGACUGGCUCUCUACAAGGUCUAAACGACGGCGUUUUCAGGAGAAUAUCCAUCAGCAGCUCUGACGGUAGAGCUCAGUAAUCUGAACUACAUUAUUCAGGGAUUGGCUUAACGGUUUUUCGUGAAAAAGACAUAAAAUUUUGAAGCAUAUUGUUGCAGAUAAUCUGGUAGUGAAGGGCAUGAUUUGUUUUGGCGAAUGCAACAACCUUGCCUUUAACGUUUAAACCGUCUUGCACUUUGGGAAAGAAAGAGCUAAUUAGAGCUGAACAUUUGGUGAAAAGUGAGAUAAUGGGGGCAAUUAGUGGGGAAGAGUUAAUGAAGUGGGAGAAGAUGCAAGUAGCAAGUGGUCGAGAGGAGAAGAUUCUUGUUUUGGUGAGGUUGAGACCUUUGAGUGAAAAGGAGAUUGCAUCCAGUGAGGUAGCAGAUUGGGAAUGCAUCAAUGAAAACACCGUCUUGUACCGGAACACUCUGCGAGAGGGAUCUACAUUUCCAAAUGCCUAUACAUUUGACAGAGUAUUUCGUGGUGACUGCUUCACUAGGCAGGUUUAUGAAGAAGGGGCCAGAGAAAUUGCUCUUUCAGUUGUCAGUGGUAUCAACUCAAGUAUUUUUGCAUAUGGGCAAACAAGCAGUGGGAAAACUUACACCAUGAAUGGUAUAACUGAGUAUUCAGUGGCGGAUAUAUUUGACUAUAUACAUAGGCAUGAGGAAAGAGCUUUUGUUGUGAAGUUCUCUGCUAUUGAGAUAUACAAUGAAGCUGUUAGAGACCUCCUGAGCACAGAUAAUACUCCGCUUAGGCUAUUAGAUGAUCCUGAUCGGGGUACUGUUGUGGAGAAACUCACAGAGGAAAUUUUGAGGGAUUGGAGCCAUUUGAAGGAGCUUCUUUCUACUUGUGAAGCUCAAAGACAGAUAGGAGAGACCUCAUUGAAUGAGAAAAGCUCCAGAUCACAUCAGAUUAUUAAACUGUCGAUUGAAAGUUCUGCUCGUGAAUUCUUAGGCAAAGACAAGUCGACCACCCUUGCAGCUAGUGUGAAUUUUAUUGAUUUGGCUGGAAGUGAGAGAGCAUCUCAGGCACUAUCAGCUGGGACAAGGUUGAAAGAAGGUUGCCACAUAAAUCGCAGUUUACUAACACUUGGGACUGUUAUUCGCAAGCUGAGUAAAGGAAGACAGGGACACAUCAAUUACAGAGAUUCUAAGCUGACACGAAUACUGCAGCCUGCCUUGGGUGGCAAUGCGAGAACUGCCAUCAUUUGCACUUUGAGCCCUGCAAGAAGCCAUGUUGAACAAACUAGAAACACCCUUUUGUUUGCUUGUUGUGCUAAAGAAGUGACGACAAAAGCACAGGUCAAUGUAGUCAUGUCUGACAAGGCCUUGGUCAAACAUUUGCAAAAGGAGCUGGCUCGAUUAGAGAGUGAGUUGAGAACUCCUGGCCCCACUUCUUCAAGUUUCGAUUAUGGAGCAUUGCUUAGAAAGAAAGAUCUUCAGAUAGAAAAGAUGGAGAAGGAAAUUAGAGAGCUUACUAAGCAACGUGAUCUGGCUCAAUCUCGGGUGGAGGAUUUACUACGGAUGGUCGGAAAUGAUCAAGAUUCAAGACAAGAUACAGAAAACCAUCCUAAAUGGCAGGCAGGGGAUGCAUGGGAAGAUGAAGGUUCAGUGUCAGAGUCAUCUAGCGUGGCUGAUCGUCCUCGUCCUCGUCCAAAUGGUGUCAGAAAGUUCAACAAUCCCCAUUAUGAUGACAGAGACAGUGAGAGUAGUCCUGUGGAGGACAACAAAGGUGAUUAUCUGUCUGAUGGUACGUCUUCAACACUUUCACUUGGAAAGAAGUUUGUGCGAUCUAAUUCAAUCCAAAGCCAAGAGGACAGUGCGGUUGGAGCUGCUGAAUAUUCUGAUGAAUACUGCAAGGAGGUUCAGUGUGUUGAGAUGGAAGAGUCAAGUAGGGACAAGAACUCAGAAUCUCUUGCCUUACCAGCUGGUGGAUAUGAAGGAACAUUGGCUUUGACAUUGUCUGGGAAUACAGAUGUAACAGGUGAAGGAAUGAUGUCAACUUCAGUGAAUGGAGAUAGAGAAGUAAGUCAUCUGCAAAAUGGUUUUGCAUGUGGCGCAUUGGAGCAAAGACUUCAUGAUGUACAAAUGACUAUUGACUCUCUAGCCAGUCCUUGCCCUGAAGAAACAUCUCCACAUGCUUCAGCAGUAGAUAUGUCAACCUCUAGGAGCUUUAGUUUAACUAGAAGCUGGAGUUGUAGAGCUAAUCUGUUGACUGGCUCAUCUUCUCCUGAUAAAGUUGAGAGAACCCCAUCUAGCGGGUUUGAGAAAGGCUUUCCCGGAAGACCAGAAGGUUUUGGAAGGAAGUUUCCUCCAUUAACUUUUGGUUCCAAUGCUACAAUGUUGUCAAGAAAUGAUUCUCAAUCUUCUCUUGGGAGUGCGUGCAUGGAUGAGCUAAGAGAAAACAGUGUUAAAACUGGAGAUGAGGAUAUUACUAGCAUCCAGACAUUUGUUGCAGGCAUGAAAGAAAUGGCCAAGUUUGAGUAUGAAAAGAAACUUGUCGAUGGCAAGAUACAAGAGACAGGGACAAAAGCAGAUAAUAUUGGGAAGAAUGUGAAGGACACUGGAGUGGAUCCAAUGCUGGAAGCGCUGGAAACUCCUCUUAAUUGGCCUUUGGAAUUCGAGAGACAGCAGAAGAUAAUACUUGAUCUUUGGCAAACUUGCUAUGUAUCAUUGGUCCACAGAACCUAUUUCUUCCUUCUCUUUAAAGGUGAUCCAUCAGAUUCCAUUUACAUGGAGGUAGAGGUUAGGAGACUAUCUUUUCUUACAGAAACAUAUUCUCGUGGAAAUCAAGCUGUAGAAGAUGGUCGAACUCCCACUUUAGCUUCAAGCAUGAAAGCUCUUCGUCGUGAGAGAGCGGUGCUGGCAAGGCUGAUGCAGAAAAGGUUUUCAGAAGAAGAGAGAAAGAGGCUCUUCCAGAAGUGGGAUAUUCCAUUGGACUCAAAGAGGAGGAGGCUACAGCUAGCAAACCGUUUAUGGAGUAACAUACAGGAUAUGAACCAUGUCCGGGGGAGCGCAGCAGUUGUUGCGAAGUUGAUCAGAUUCGUGGAGCAGGGACAGGCCCUCAAGGAGAUGUUUGGACUUAGUUUCACACCUCCACGGAUGAAGCGUAGAUCAUUUGGCUGGAAAAAUAGCUCGGCAUCUCUUUUAUAAGCUUCUUUUGUGCCAAAAACAAACAAAAGCGUAGAAGAGGUUUGUGAAACUCGAUCUGCCAUAUAGCAUUCUUUUGCUGCAAUGAAAUGGGAGUAGGUUGGUUGUGAUUGUAACAAUAACAUUACAAACUGCAACAAGUCUUAAUUGGUCACUAGAGGUUCCAAAGCUUGUAUUUUUGUAAUGGGGUUUUAUGCGUAUUGCUUCGAUUUUAAUGAAAUAUGAUCUAUGAUCUCUCUUUCUCUAAAAUGAGUAUUUAUAUAA